AUGACUCGCUAUUUCUGCUGUGGAAACUACUUCCCAGGUUACCCUUGCUAUGGAACCAACUUCCACGGGACCUACAGAGCCACCCCCCUGAACUGUGUUGUGCCUCUGGGUUCUCCCCUGAACCACGGCUGUGGAACCAUCUACAGCUCCCGCAACUUCUGUUAUGGCGGCCUUAGUAACUACCAAAAUCCAGGCUGUUGCUAUGGCAGCAGCUUCUACAGGCCAUGGGGCUCUGGCUCUGGCUUCGGCUACAGCACCUACUGA